AAUUUCAUCUCUUUCCGCGCACGAGUCAGUGUGAUAGAACACCAGGUCAUAAAAGUCGAAUAUCACAUCUCCAGUUACUUCUCUUCCUCCGCGUAACCCACGUCAACACCACCAUCCAUCAUGUCCUCUCGAACCCCCACUCCCGAACCCCAACCCCAACAGCAGUACCCCGGCGACGACAUCCUCCCCGACGCGCAAAUCAUCCACGACCAAAAACGCACCAUCAAAGCCCCCGCCUCAGAAAUCUUCCCCUGGUUACGCCAAUUGGGAAAAGGACGAGGAGGCUGGUAUUUGCCGUCGAAAUUCGAAAAAAUCCUACCACCAAACCUCCGCGCUUCGAGAGUCAUCGACGAGCGCUGGCAGGGUAUGGUCGAAGGGGAUAAAAUCCCGGACUACGGCUUCAGUAAACAUGAUUAUUUCCUCGUGAAGAAGGUUGAAAUCAAUCGAUCGAUUGUGUUUUUGUCGUCCCGGGGUGGGUUUGUGUAUACUUGGGCGCUGCUUUUGCAGGAGUUGAAUGGGUCGGAUCCGGAGCCGGAGACUUUGGUGCAUUUGAGGUUGAGGGGGAGGGUUCAGGCGACGGGGUGGAAGCAAAAGGCUUUGGUGAAGGGGGGUGAGGUUUUGGAUGCGGCGGCUGCGGCGCCGUUGUUGUCGGGGAUUGCGGAUCGGUGUGAGAAGAAGGUUGAGAGGCCGGCGGCGAAGUUGGAGAAGGCUGAGAAGCGGAGAUCGGGGUGAGAGGUGGGCUUUUUGCGAU